AUGUUGAUUUCUAAUUGCCCUAAUAGGGACUCCUUUACUUUGAACCGGAACUGUAUUUUUUUUGGACAUUUGUUUUUUGAAGUUUUUUAAAAUAAUUAUUGUAGCGAAAUUUUUUACUAUUUGCAUAUUCAAUUUAAUAGAUAUUUAGAAGAGUAGAGUCAGUUUUGCAAUUAAGUUUCGAGUUAUGCUAUAUCUUAAUAAAAUCUUGUGCAAUCGAUGACAUAAGUAAAUAUUGUACUAUAAUCAUAACUUUUAGCAGAAGCAUGAAGCAAAUGGUACAGGUCAAUUGAUAUUUCUAACAAGAGUUAUUAAGUAAUAAAUUAAGUUCGAAAGUGGCACGUCUCUCUCCAGAACAGCUGACUAAGAGCUGAAAUGCUUAAAUUGA